GGGAAGACAGAGAAAAAAAAAACAGAUAUUUUCCAAGAAAAAUCCGAUGAAGAAAAAGAAGAUAGCUUCUGCUGAAGCAGCUCAGCUCUUCUUCCGCCGCACAGCUCUCCCUUGCUCGACUUGUCCCCCCUUCAACUGUUCUAGCGAAACCACCAUUAACGCUCCAAUCAUAAGCUCAUUUUCCUCCGUACUUCGUUUCGAUUCUGAGCUUCCGUGCCGUCGAUUCGGCGACGACAGUAGGCAGUAUCUGAUCCCACCCAGACUCAGCUGAGUUCCAUGGGAACUCUCACGAGCUGUAACUUCAGCACCUUCAGCUUCAAGCUUCGGACGUAUCCUAUAAACAGCGCUUUCGCACAGAGAGCUCUGUCCCUCGAGCCUAAGAAAUCGAAGAUCUCGCGGCUGUUGCGUCGAAGAGGAAUUUCAAUUUCGUACAGGAAGCUAGAUAGGUUUAGGUGUUGCAGCGGUAGCGAUGGGAAUAGUAAUUUCGAUGAAGAGAGUGGUAGUAAUGCCUCCAAAGAGUCCAACGUGACGACCACAGCGCCGCGUGAAGAGGAUGACGAGAGGCCGAGCAAUGAGUUCGAAUCCGAGAAGGCGACUCCCUCUGUUUCUCCUAGGCCACCAGAUAUAUCGAGUUUUGGACCACCUUACAGUAAUUUCCAAGUUGACUCUUUUAAACUAUUGGAGCUGCUUGGACCUGAGAAAGUCGAUCCUGCUGAUGUGAAACUCAUUAAAGAUAAGCUUUUUGGGUAUUCAACCUUUUGGGUAACAAAAGAAGAGCCAUUUGGAGAUUUAGGUGAGGGCACUCUUUUCCUCGGAAAUCUUCGAGCAAAGAGAGAGGAUGUUUUUGCCAAACUGCAAAAGCAGCUGGUUGAGAUCACGGGAGAUAAAUACAAUCUUUUCAUGGUGGAGGAACCCAAUUCAGAAGGACCAGACCCUCGUGGUGGACCACGUGUUAGCUUCGGUUUGCUUCGAAAGGAGGUUUCGGAACCAAGACCAACGACACUUUGGCAGUAUGUCAUUGCCUUGUUGCUGUUUCUGCUAACCAUUGGUUCUUCAGUUGAGCUGGGAAUUGCAUCUCAGAUAAACCGUCUUCCACCAGAAGUGGUGAAGUAUUUCACAGACCCAGAUGCAGUUGAACCACCAGAUAUGGAGCUCUUGUUUCCAUUUGUAGAGUCUGCUUUGCCCCUGGCAUAUGGAGUUUUAGGGGUUCUUUUGUUUCAUGAAGUUGGACACUUUCUUGCUGCUUUCCCAAAGAAAGUAAAGCUGAGCAUUCCUUACUUCAUUCCAAACAUAACACUUGGAAGUUUUGGUGCAAUCACGCAGUUCAAAUCUAUUCUUCCAGACCGGAGUACAAAAGUUGACAUUUCUUUGGCGGGGCCUUUUGCUGGUGCUGCAUUAUCUUUCUCGAUGUUCAUUGUCGGUCUUCUUCUUUCAUCAAACCCAGAUGCUGCUGGAGAUUUGGUGCAAGUUCCCAGCAUGUUGUUUCAAGGAUCAUUGCUUCUUGGACUUAUCAGUAGAGCCACCCUUGGUUACGCGGCGAUCCAUGCUGCUACUGUUUCCAUUCACCCACUUGUGAUAGCUGGAUGGUGCGGUUUAACUACAUCAGCCUUUAAUAUGCUCCCAGUGGGAUGCCUGGACGGUGGAAGAGCGGUGCAGGGUGCCUUUGGUAGAAGUGCUCUUGUUGGAUUUGGUUUGACAACUUACACGAUGCUAGGACUUGGAGUGUUGGGUGGACCGCUGUCUCUUCCUUGGGGACUUUACGUGUUGAUAUGUCAGAGGAGUCCAGAGAAACCAUGCCUGAACGACGUGACAGAGGUUGGAACAUGGAGAAAAGCUGUCGUAAUUGUUUCUAUUAUACUUGUCGUCCUCACUCUACUCCCUUUAUGGGACGAACUAGCAGAAGAGCUUGGUAUAGGUCUCGUCACCACAUUCUAAUGCAGAAGCUAAGUUACAUAUAUAAAACCUAAUAGGAUAGAAGAGGGAGAACUUUUACAUUCACAAACCAAGCAAUUUUGAGGCAUCGGCUGAAAUAAAUUUGUCAAAGCAUCCUUUGUAUCUAUUAGUUUUGCGAUGAUGAUUCAACUUGUCCCAUUUCUUUUACAAAGAAAAUCACGAUCUCUGUGCAAAGUUGUUUAUUCUAA